AUGCAAAUCGACAAUGGAAAUACAAACCCUCUCAACUCACAAAAUUUAUCCCAGCUAUUCUCUAUUUAUACCAAGGAGCACAUUCGCCUAGACCUUCAAAGGAAGAUGAAGCGAUUUCAUACAGAAUUCUAUGACGUUCUUAUCGAAUCGCGGUGCUCGAUGCCAAUGUACAUUAGGACGAUAUGGCUCUUCACAUACAGCGACAUGAAAACCAUCGUAUUUCCGCAAAGCAUAUUUGGUGUCAUGACGGCGUACGCGGCCUCGGUAUUGGAUCAACCUACUGCCUCUCAUGGAGCGCUGAGCUGGGUAUUGGUUCGCUACCCACUGGCUCUUUUCUGGACGUGGUCGAAUUUACUCCCCUUUGACAUUUUCAACCAGCUUAGUGAAGAUGCAAUCGAAGAAGACCGCAUCAAUAAGCCAUGGAGGCCAUUACCGUCUGGUAUUGUCGACAGAGAGCGCGCGACAACGUUAAUGCUAAGGCAUUACAUCUUCGCUAUCAUCGUUAGCAGCAGUAUUGGUGGGCUGCACCAGUCACUUUUCCUUGUCCUCCUCGGUACUUGGUACAACGCAGGGGGCGGCGCCGAUAGAAGCUUCGUUAUUCGGAACCUUAUAAAUGCAGCAGGGAUACUCUCGUUCGCGUCCGGCGCCAUGGAGGUCGCAUUAGGCACGCCGUUGCUGGUAACCGAAACUUCUGCGCAGUGGAUAGGGAUCCUGGCCUCGGUCAUUUUUACCACCAUACAGACCCAGGAUCUUUACGAUACGGAAGGCGAUGCUUGUCGUGGUCGGAAGACUAUGCCACUUGUUAUCGGCGAUUCGCCAACGCGCUGGUGGACGGCGGUAAUCGUAUUGAUGUUCAGCAUAUUGUGCCCCUUAUUUUGGUCUUUGGGGCAGUUAGCUUGUGUCUUGCCAUUGGUUUUCGGAGUUAUCAUUGCUGUUCGGACAUUGACUCGUCGCACUCCCGAGGCAGAUAGGAGAACUUUCCAGUUCUAUAAUGUAUGGAUGGUGUCUAUUUAUUCGUUGCCCUUGAUACGAUAUCUCGUUUUGGGAAGCGAAAAGGGGGUAUAG